GGCGUGCACAGGUCAUGCAUGUUGAGCCUUUCUAUAGGAGAGAUAGUUGAGCCUCCAAGCCCGCUCUUCGUCCACGAAAGACGUUAUCGCCAUGGACUUCUUGAAGAUGCCCCCCGGUGACUUGCCUGCAUUCGAUGAUACAUACGGGUUUCAACAGACUCGGUCUCCAAACCCGAAUUGGACUUAUGGGCAGAAGAUCGAGGCCACCCAAGAGGGCAGGGAAUGGGCGCAAGGAGAGACAAAAGGUUGGAAGGUUGUUGACACAGAGAAAGAAGAUCCGAUAAAACUGUACAUACUCAUGAUCAGCGGCAUCGUACCGAGGCCGAUAGCCUUCGUAUCUACUAUCUCAAACACUGGCAUUGAAAACCUGGCACCUUUCAGCUGGUUUAAUAUGGUGACACACAGCCCUCCUGUUGUUUCGAUAUCUUGCAGCAACGGUCCUGUUCGAGUCCAUGAUACGACAGACAACAUCAAGGCGAACAGGGGAUUUACUGUCAACAUCAUCAGCGAGCCUUGGGUCGAGGCGGCGAAUGUGUGCUCCAUAGACGCGCCCGCGGAGGUUAGCGAGUGGCCGCUUAGUGGUUUGACGAAGGCUCCCAGCGUGCAUGUCAAACCCGCCCGAGUGAAGGAGAGUGCGUUUAGCAUGGAGUGCGAGCUUCUGCAAAUCAUCGACAUUAUUCACCCCGUUACGCAGAAGGCAACAACAAGUCUUAUUCUCGGGACUGUCAAGUACAUCCAUGUCCGCAAGGACGUGCUGACGGACAAGGGUGCCGUCGAUCCUGCUAAGCUCAAGGCCGUGGGACGAAUGGGGGAUAUAACUUAUUCACGCAUAGGUGAUGGUUUUAGACUGCCACGCCCCCUGUGGGAAAAGGAGGUUCAGGGCAUUGAGAAAGCUUUGCAAGGGUUGAUAGUGCAGCCCGACCACUCGGAAUAGUUGAAUGAACGUCUUAGAUGGAGUUCAUAAACAAUCUCCAUCUGCUCAAGUACAUCCAUCUCUUUCCAUCCGAGUCAGACAAUUGUACAUACACGAAUAUGUCACAUCAGCACGUGAUGGUCCGAUACCUCAAUCGUAUUUUCAAGUUCUCUGUUCAUUGCCAC